GGAACACACAUCUCAUGUCUCCUCCUAUUUAUACACUUUCUCUCCUAGAGGGUUUACUAAUUAAACUGUAAUUUAUUCUUUCUUUCUUCCCUCUCAUUUUCUUCUGAUUUCGAAGUUCUUUGAGGCCAACAUUGAAGUAAGCGCUAACACUUCCCAAGAAUCUCUCUCUCCAGUUAAUAUGAGCCACCGUAUAAAAGAUCAUCCACCAAGAGUGUUCUUCCGCUGUGGAAACCCAUUCAAGAAUCUAUUUCCCAAGACCAACAAUGCACGCAUAUCCCCAAAUCUUCUCUCACUGUUGAACAGUUUCGAGACAAACUUGAUGUUAUCAAUUAGAGAACUUAUACCAAAGGGUGAUGGGAAGGCUAUUCUCACAGUUUCUUGGAUGAAGGAAGCAAUGGCAUCUCUGUGUGAGACACACAAGAGUAUCAGGACACUCGUGACCGAUCUAGAGCUUCAUGUCUCGGACUUGGAAGAAAACUUUAUUUAUAUCUACUCUAGCAUUAGCUCGAAGCUGCUUGAACUCUGCAACUCCUUCACCUCAGAGCUCGACCGUCUCAACCACGGAAGCCUAUUACUCAAGUUUACUUUGAGCAAGCUGGAGACUAGCAGUUGUUCUGAGGAAAUUUAUUUGUUGCAUCUUGAGAGCUGGAGGCAGCACAUGGCUUCCAAGAACCCGAGGUUCGAAAACUGGGGCGCGAUUUUGAGCAGUCUUGUUGAAUCGUUGAAACAACAUCAUCAUAGUCUCCCCAAGAAGAAACUAUCUGGAAAAGGAAAAGUCCUCCUACGAGCUCUAUACGGUGUACAGGUCAAGACUCUGUACAUAACCAGCGUGUUUGCUGCAGUGUUUUCUCGUUCUUCUAAUAAUCUCUUGUAUCUAACCAUUCCAAAUAUGGAGGAGGUUCCAUGGACGCAAGCUUUCAUGGAACUGCAGAACAUGGUUAACCCGGAGAUCAAAAACGCAUUCUUAUCAGACAGGUUCACGGUUAUUAAAGAUCUAGAGGCAGUUGAAUUAGGUGUGAAGAAGCUUCACAAAGCAGUCCAAGAAGGGUCGGAUACUAAUGUAUUGGUGGAGGUAUUGAAGAAAUCAGUGAUUAAACUCUCGGAGAGGUUUGAUCUUGUCUCCAAGGAAACAGGUUGCUUGCUGAAGACAGUGAUCUCUGCUCGAGACGCAUUGGUGGAGAGGCUGUGGACCAAAUAUGAAGAGGAGUUAGGAGUUAAAUUGCCCAUGAUGAUAAGUGUUAAGAGACUUGUUUGUGAAUAGUGUGAGUGUUUUGUUUCAUGUUCAGUAACAAUAACAAUGUAAUUAAAUAAAAUGAAAAAUAAUAGCAAAAUCUAUAAUCAGAGCAAGUG